AUGGCAAAACAUCUUUUAUCAAACAUUGAAUAUUUAUUUAAAUAUAAGCAGCCAACUCAACAGCGGUCUCAAAUUCCAUCUCUCUCUUUAAAUUGCAGUAAUCCAAAAUCCUCUAAUCAAAAACUCUCUGAAUCCAAGCUUCUCCGAAAGCCUACUCUCAACCCUCUACCCCCAGAACUAAGAAUCCUCUGUAAAAAUUGUGAAGAUCUCAUACCGAUUGACUUAAUUGAAUCCCAUUCUCGCACCUGUCUCUGCAUCUCUGAAAGUCUUCUAAUACUAGAAUCUUUUACAUCCUUAGACCAAAUCAAUUUUCGACUAAAAAAGUUAGAAAAAUGUCUGAUGGAAAUGACAGAAAAAAUAAUUCUGAAGCCUGGGGAUAAAAGUUAUGUAUCUAUUUUAUUGAGACUUUGCCAAAAGAUUUCAGAGUUAAAUUAUGGAGAAGAUAGAAAAAAUGAAGAAACUCUCAGGUCUUUGAGCUCAUUAUUAAUCACUUUUAGAGGGUCUUUAACUUUAAAAAUAUAUGCUGAUCGGCUAAAAAGUUUAGCCCAUGACCAGAAAUUAGCAUUAAAAGAAGCAAAAAACGCAAACUUAGAAGAGCUGAGAAAUAAAGCAUUGGAUUUCCAAAAAGCUUUAAAUAACGCAGUAAGUUUAGGGCUCAAAUCUCAAGAAUUAAAUAAAAAAAUAGAUGAAAUCACAAGUGAGCUGGAAAGUCUUACAAGUGAAAAUACAGUUAUAAGCUCAACAACGACACAAGAAAUGGAAGAUUCUUUAAUGCAGAUAGAGAAUUUUGAAAAUAUUAACAUAAAUUCCCAGCAGCGGUUUUUUUAUUCGCUUUGCAUUGCUGAAAAAAUGAAAUCUCCUUCCAAAAGCAAGCUUCACAAUAUUUCUAUUCAGAAGCUAUAUAAUAAAGCAAUUGCUUUAAAAAUUCGGAUAGAAAAUUGGCAAAAGUGAAUUGAGGAGUCAUUUAAAUCUCCAGAUUUUUUUAUUGAAAAAGUCCCAAGACCUAAAGCUCGUAAAUCUACUCGUAAACAUCAUUAUUUUGAAACAAUAAUUGAAGAGUAA